CCGGAGGACGGGAGGGGCUGGGGCCGGGACCCGGGAAUCCUAAUUUUUCCAGUCCCUCUACCCCGCAGAUGGGUGAGGAAAAGGUCCAGGGCGGAAAUCGAGAGCCCCCAGCCACCAGGCGGCCCCCACCGCGCGAACGAUUGCUCUGGAAGAGCCUUCCGUGCGCCCCCAAUCCCCAGUGCAGCGGCGCCCGGAGGCGGUCGGCGGGCGGGGCUCGGGGCCUUCCCCGCGCGAGGGGACUCCGGGGGCGCCGGGCGCGGCGCGGGGGCCCGCGGCGGCACAAAGAGGCCCGGCCGCGGCACUUUUGAAAAGAGCGAGGAAGUUGAUCUGGGCCGGGGCCCAAGGAGUGACGAGGAGGGAGGGAGGGCGGGCGCGCGGGGCCGGGGGCGGCCGCAGCCCUCGCCUCGCCGGCCUCCACGGGAAGCGCGGCGGCGGCAUGGGCGGCGGGGCGCGGCGCCCCCAGGCUGCGACCCCGCGGACCCUCCUCUCGGCGCACCGCCUCCGCAGCCGGGGCUCCGGCGUGACUCCGGCACCGAGCCCCACUCCCGCGGGCGGCGCGUAGGGCGGCAAUCGAUCCGUGCCCUCCCGGGACCCGCCGGCUUCAGCCCGGGUCGCACGGCCGCCGAGCCGCCUCCGGCGGGGCCCUCCCGAGGCCCCGGAGCGGGGACCAUGAAAGUGAGGUCGGCCGCUGGCGACGGAGAUGCGCUGUGUGUUACAGAAGAGGAACUGGCAGCUGAGGACGACGAGGACAUGCCGUCCUUCCCGUGCACACAGGAGGGCCGGCCGGGGCCCCGCUGCAGCCGCUGCCAGAAGAACCUGUCUUUGCACACAUCGGUGCGGAUCCUUUACCUCUUUCUGGCCUUCCUCCUGGUGUCUGUGGCCGUGCUGGCCUCUCUGGUUUUCAGGAAAGUGGACUCUCUCUCAGAAGACAUCUCCCUGGCCCAGGCCCUUUAUGACAAGAAGCUUGUGUCUAUGCAGGAAAAUCUCCAAGGGCUGGAGCUGAAAGCCCCGAACAACUGCUCUUUCUGCCAUGAGGCUGGGCAGCUGGGGCAAGAGAUCAGAAAGCUGCAGGCGGAGCUGGAGGGAAUUCAGAAGAUGCUUCUGGCUCAGGAGGUCCAGCUGGACCAGACCUCUCAGACCCACGAACUGCUCUCCACCACCAGCGGUCAGAUCUCCCAGGAGAUGGGCAAUUGCUCCUUCUCCGUCCACCAGAUCAACCAGUCUCUGGGGCUCUUCCUGGCCCAGGUGAGAGGCUGGCAGGCCACCACAGCCGGCCUGGACCUGUCUCUGAAGGACCUCACCCAGGAGUACUACAGCGUCAAGGCUGCGAUGCACCAGAUCAACUUCACCGUGGGGCAGACUUCCGAGUGGAUCCACGGGAUCCGGCGGAAGACAGAUGAGGAGACCCUAACCCUCCAGAAGAUGAUCGCCGACUGGCAGAACUACACGCGGCUCUUCAGCAGCCUGCGUGCCACCUCGGCCAAGACGGGAGAAGCGGUCAAGAGCCUCCAGGCCACCCUGGGGGCCUCCUCCCAGAGCAUCAGCCAGAAUUCUGAGAGUAUGCACGACCUGGUGCUGCAGGUCAUGGGCUUGCAGCUGCAGCUGGAUAACAUCUCGUCCUUCCUGGAUGAACACGAGGAGAACAUGCACGACCUGCAGUACCACACCCACUACGCCCAGAACCGCACGGUGGAGAGGUUCGAGACGCUGGAAGGACGCAUGGCUUCCCAUGAGAUCGAGAUCGGCACCAUCUUCACCAACAUCAACGCCACUGACAGCCACGUGUACAGCAUGCUCAAGUACCUGGAUGACGUGCGGCUCUCCUGCACGCUGGGCUUUCACACCCAGGCUGAGGAGCUCUACUACCUGAACAAGACUGUCUCCCUUAUGCUGGCCACCACCGACCUGCUCCGGGAGCGCUUCGGCCUGCUCAGCGCCCGCCUGGACUUCAACAUCCGCAACCUGUCCAUGGUCGUGGAGGAGAUGAAGGCCGUGGACACGCAACACGGGGACAUCCUGCGCAACGUUACCAUCCUACGAGCCAGCUGCUUCAAGACGGUGGGGGACAUGGUAACGCCAGUGAAUCUUAUGAUCAUGGGCCCACUGCUGCACUUCAUUUGCUGUGAAAUGAGUUCCUUGAUCAGAAGCAAUGCUGUGUGGAAUACCAUGUAUAAUGCAUUCUGUGCCCCAGGCCCUCCAGGACCGAGAGGACUCAAGGGAGAUGUGGGCGUGAAAGGGCCUGUUGGCAGCAGAGGACCAAAAGGAGACCCCGGCAGCUUGGGCCCCCCAGGACCUCAGGGUCCUCAAGGGCAGCCAGGGGACACCGGGCCUGUAGGAGAAAGGGGGCCGGUUGGCCAGCGAGGUUUCCCAGGCCUCAAAGGCUCGAAGGGCAGCUUUGGAACUGGAGGCCCAAGAGGACAGCCAGGCCCCAAAGGGGAUGUGGGGCCCCCAGGGCCAGAGGGGCCCCCAGGGUCUCCAGGGCCAGAGGGGCCUCAGGGAAAACCAGGGAUCGCUGGGAAGAUAGGGUCACCAGGCCAGCGGGGGCCCACGGGGCCAAAGGGCGAACCAGGAAUCCAGGGUCCCCCUGGCCUCCCUGGGCCCCCAGGCCCACCGGGAAGCCAGAGCCACUAUUGAGGAGCGGCCCAGUCCUGGACACUGCCACGCAGAAGGUGGGGAAGGGUGCUCGGGUGAAGAGAGUCCCCCGAAAAGCCGCACCUGCACACAUUGUGGUCCUUUGGUCCCAAAGAGCGUUCCCCCCAGGCCUGCCCCUGCACCUCCGGGCUUCCCAGUAGUGACUAUACCAUAGAAGGCAGCCCCGUAUACACACAUGCACACGCACACGCACAUUUCCCUGCUGGCCAGGGGGCUGACUGGGUUUCCUUGGCUGGGCGGGAGGAGAGGGCAGGAGAAGCCCCCUCUCCUGUGGCUGAGCCUGCCAGGGAAGUGGCUACCUCGGGGCAGCGGUCUUAAUUCUGGCUCUGAAUUGGUGACCAGCGCUAGUCUUUCUAGCAUCUUCACACCCAUCCUAGCUGGCGGGCAGUUCCCUGAGGCUCCCAGGGGUUGAAAACACCCAGGAGAAGCUUUGCAGGGGAUUAUGGUUCAAACUCGAGGGACGAGGUGGACUUGGCAACCACAAGACCUUCCCUGUAACCAUGGAAGCAGAGUCCCGGGAACUCACACGGGACACAGCAACUCCACCUGGGCCCUGAGCACUGUGCCCCCAGGAGUUCAGCAUUUUUUUCCACAUCUCCAGAAAAUUCCUCGCUUCAUCCUUGCGUCCGCCUCUCAGGAGCAUCCCAGAAGGAAUCCAAGCAGGAGCUUCAUCUGCACCGGGACACUCUCCAGGCCCUGGAACGUUCUACCAAAGUAGAAGGCCCCGUUCCGAUCCGGGGGGUGACUGCUUUGUGGCAACUGGGGGGGGGCUGACCGCUGGGCCGCUCUCCCUUCCCCCGGCCUGCUCUCCUCCUGACCUCACCCCACCGUGACCCAGAAUGGCCCCAGGCCUCUCUGCAUGGGCAGCUUGACCAGAUGAGGGGAAGGGGCCCCGGCUCCCUUUGACGUCACCCCUCACCCACCUUCAGCCUCCUGCACAGCCAGCAGCAAGGAGGACUGGGACACCCCCAGAAGGGCAAACUCGCAGGGAAGCUGCUCCUCCUUUGUGUUCUAACAGAUAACGACCACCCCUGGGAUGGGGGCUUACAGCGGUCCCCUCCCCAGCCUGACCCAGAGACCGGCCCCUCCCCCUCCCAGAAGCCUUCCCCCCUUCUUGUAACAGGUGUGCAACUGGCUUGCACUCCUGCCCUCACUGCCGUGUAGUUCUCCUGUCUACAUAUGAUAUCAUGCCACGUAGUACCACCGACUCAGUAAAGAGCUAUUUCCAGGA